AUGGCGGCGGUGGAGGAGGAGUUGGAGGCGGUGAACUCUGUCUAUGCAGACGAGGUGGAAGGAGUAGGAGGAGGAGAGGGUGAGGACAGGUGGAUCAGGUUGAAGAUCAUGCCGGAUGUGGCUGGAGAUGCCGCCAUGGUGUACGCGUCACUGUCCCUGAGGGUUCACCUCCCCCUAGGGUACCCGGAGGACGCUGGCGCGAGAGGAGAGGUGGAGGACGCAGCAGGUCUGACAGAAUCGGACGUGAGCGAGCUCAGGAUGAAGAUGGAUGAUCUGUGCCAGGAGCUGCUCAGCGAUAAGGCGACCUGCGUGUUCCAGCUCGUGCAACUGGCGAAGGACUUUGUGAAUGAGAAGAAUGUUCCUUCGGAUGACUGCACCAUCUGCAUGUGCCCGUUCGACGAGGACGAGCAGUUCUUUCUUACAGUCUGCGGCCACUCUUUCCACGUGGAGUGCGCGGCGAGGUGGGUACACGACCAGUACGUCAAGACGUUCGAGAAGCUGGAAUUGGACGGGAAGGCUGAGAUGCCAGCGCAAGGAUGCCUGACAGGGGAGGCUGUUUGUCCCGUGUGCAGGACCGAGAUCAGUGAGGAGAGGACGAAGAUGUUGCGGGAGCGAAUCGACAAGCUGUACGUCGAGUAUCAGGAGCAGCGGCGAGAAGAGCAGCUGAAUGCCGAGAGGGAGAGGCUCGAGCAGGAGAGGAGGGCAGAGAUAAGGAAGAAUGCGGAGAAGCUUGAGCGCGAGGAGCUGGAGAGGACUGCCUUCGUGCAGCAGCCGGUGGUGGUUAUCGAGAACUACGACGGGGACAGUGUGAAAGUCUUGCGGCAUUUCAUGUCUCCUUUCGGGGCCUCUGACUGCAGACUCACGAGUCAGAGCAGCAGCCAGUCGUUGUACCCUCGAGCCUUCGUGUGGUUCUCGUCGAUGGACAAGGCCAUGAAGGCCUGCAAGAACCUGCAGUCCCGCUACAGCAUCCAUGUCGCUACCUACGACGACUUCAAGGCCUUGAACUCUGCGGGCCAGCCCUCGAACUCGGAGAGCGGGAAGGAGAGGAGCGUGCAGACAGCACUGCAUGUGAAGCCAGGGGCGAAGGUGACGAGGAUCACCAACGCUGAAGACAUCAGGACGAGGAGGGCAGGGUUCAUCGACGUUCAGAUAGCUGCCCCUCCCAGGGAUGGAGAGGCAAACGAGGAGGUCGUGGCCUUCAUUGCCAGUCUCUUCAACGUGAAGCGAGGAUGUGUGAAGAUCGUGGCCGGGCACAGGUCGCGCGAGAAGGUUUCCAUCCCCUCCGACUUCAGAGAAGCUUCCCAGGAGGAUGAGGCUGCCUUGGACUCGCUCUCGUCUUACCCAUCAAGGUCUAGCAGCCCAACAGCCGACAGAUUCUUCCUCCGCAACUCCCCCAAGAUCCAAAAGAGGAGCCCGAGGCACGAGGGAGCGUUCCACUUCCUCCCCGUCCCCCUCCCCGCAGACACCUCGCCCCAGUCCCGAGCGACUAGCCCGACAGAAGACCUGCUGAGGGAGGCCUACGACAGGUCUACCACUGGCAAGAGACUGCCCCACCUCCUCCACAAGAAGGAGGGCGACCAUGACGUGGACCUCUCCGAGAGUGCCGAGCUAAACAGCUUCAUGAUCGCAAACUAUGUGGACAACAGGAGCCUUUGGUUGGACCACGGUCAGUACAGCAGCCUUCCCUCCAAGUACGCGCACCUCCGGUCCUACUACAACACGAGAGUCGCAAGGUACCUCGAGAAGGCCAACAAGUUCCAGCUGGAGAUGAGCAGGAUAACUAGCCAGGCGCGGCAUUACGAGCUCACCCGGGUCGGGGGGAGGGAGCAGCCUCGGCCUGCCCUCCAGGUUGAAGGCAGGAAGCUGCUGGGUCAGCCACAGGGCUACGACUCCCCCCAUGAUACAGCAGCUCCAUCGGAUGAGUCGCCAGGGGAGGAGGAGUUCCCCAACCUUCCUACUGCAAGGGCUGAUCACGAAGCGAAGCAAGCAGCCAGCCAAACUGUCAUGGUGGUGAACUUUCCUCGGUGGCCGGAGCUUGCGGUGAAGAACUCAAGACUUCCUUUGCGGCAUCGGCAGCUCUUGUCCUUGUUUGACAACCAGUUCAGCGUAUCAGAGACUCCUCUUCCAGUGAUCCAUGGCCUCAGAACACAGCAAACAGCUCACGCGUGA